AUGCAUGGCCAGAAGAGGGACAGGACACUAACUGAGCCAGAAGCUGAGGACAGCUGGGCCAUAGUGGAAGCAAGUGCUCUCACAGGGCAGGUGAAGAGACCCUGGGAGUUGGCUGUGGAGCCAGAGCACCAUGAAGUCUUCAACAGGCUGCUUGAUGAUAUUGUGAUUCAGAGAUUCCUAGCUUGGGAUAAACAACUCAGAGUGUCUGACAAGUAUCUCCUGUCCAUGGUAAUUGCUUAUUUUAGCCGAGCUGGCCUCUUCUCCUGGCAGUACCAACGGAUUCACUUCUUCCUGGCUCUUUACCUGGCCAGUGACAUGGAGGAGGACAACCAGGCCCCUAAACAAGCCAUCUUUUCCUUUCUCUAUGGCAAGAGUCACAUCCAACGCCCUUUGUUCCACAAGCUCCGAUUCCAGUUCAUUCGUUCCAUGCACUGGAAAACCUGGGUUUCUCGGGCUGAGUGUGAGGAGAUCCAGGCUUAUGAUCCAGAGCACUGGGCCUGGGGGAGAGAUCGCACCAUUAUCUCAUAAACUUCCCGAAGACCAGAGAGGCCUGAAGUUAUUGACCUAAGGAAAGUCUACAGUUGCCCUCUAAUAUGAAAGGAACUAUUACAAGAAAUGGACUGACUUUAGAAAUGAUCAUCCUCUAGAAGAGGAGAUGGAGAGAAUUAGUAGUGAGGGAAUUUACUUUUAAGUGUCUUUGUAAUACUGAUAGAAACACUUUACAUCAUACUCUAUCAGUGAUAUUUUAUAAAUAUGCUGUAAUCCAAAAGUGAUUUAUAACAGCCUCUAAUGAGUGCCAACUUAAAAAAAAUAUACUAAAGAGAAAAUUCACAAUAAUACACAUUGAGUGAUAGGUCUGAAAAAAUGACUCAGAAUUAUGACACUUUGAAUAGAGCAAGUUGAUAAUAAACUGCUAGAGUCUGA